CGGUUGCAGCUUCAAUCAGCACGCUUGUAACAACACUCAAACACCUGCAAACAUGGCCUCGUCAAUGCGGGGGCUGACCCAGUACAUCAGUGAUCUGCGAGCAUGCAGGCAACGGGACCUAGAAGUACAGCGGGUCAACCGGGAGAUGGCACACAUCCGGCAAAAGUUCAAAGACGGCAGCCUGGAUGGCUAUCAAAAGAAGAAGUACCUCGCCAAGGUCAUCUUCACCUAUAUCCUCGGGUACAAGGUGGAUACCGGUCAUAUGGAAGCGGUCAACCUGAUCUCGAGCAACAAGUACAGCGAGAAACAGAUCGGGUACCUCGCAAUCACCCUUCUCCUGCACGAAAACUCAGACCUGAUCAGGCUCGUGAUCAACUCUAUCCGUAAAGACCUGGACGACAGGGACGAGAUCAACAAUUGUCUCGCCCUACAUGCGAUUGCGAACAUCGGAGGCAAGGAGAUGGCAGAGUCUUUAGCGGAGGAUGUACAUCGGUUGUUGUUGAGCGCCACGUCGAGCACUUUUGUGCGAAAGAAGGCCGCUUUGACGUUACUCCGUCUCUAUCGAAAGCAUCCUACAGUUCUUCCUGUAGCGGAUUGGGCAGAGAGGAUCAUCAGCCUGAUGGACGACCGAGAUCCCGGUGUCGCGUUAUGUGUGACAAACCUCGUCUCGGCCAUGGCUCAAGACAACCUGGACGAUUUCGCAAUGUGCUACCAGAAGGCCGUGGAGAGGCUGACCAGGUUGAUCUUCGACCGAGAAUUCCCGUCAGACUACAUCUAUUACAAGGUCCCAAUACCUUGGCUUCAGGUCAAGCUUUUGCGGUUGCUUCAAUACUAUCCUGCCCCAGAAAACAAGAAGAUCAAGAACGUGUUGCAAAACUGUCUGAUGACGAUCAUUGAGAACUCGCAAGAGACGCCAAAGAACGUGCAACACAACAACGCUCAGAAUGCAGUCCUCUUUGAAGCGAUCAACCUGGCCAUCCACGUUGAUCCCGAGUCGCAAGUGGUCGCUGCCGCCUCGAAGUUGCUUGGGCGGUUCAUUCUCGCCAAAGAGACCAACGUCCGAUACCUCGGUCUCGAUGCCAUGGCACAUCUCGCCGCGGUAUCCGAAUCGAUCUCCCCAAUCAAGAAACACCAGGAUAUCAUCAUCGCCUCUCUGAAGGACCGGGACAUCAGUGUCAGAAGACGAGGUCUAGACCUCUUGUACUCGAUGUGCGAUACUUCCAACUCGAAGGUCAUCGUUGGGGAGCUAUUGAGGUACCUCCAGGUGGCCGACUACAAUCUCAGGGAAGAAAUGGUCUUGAAGAUCGCGAUCCUGACAGAGCGUUUUGCCACCGAGUACGAGUGGUAUGUAGACACCAUCCUCCAGCUCAUUUCUACGGCUGGAGACCACGUCGGUCCAGAAGUCUGGUAUCGGGUGGUACAGCUAGUGACCAACAAUGAGGAUCUGCAGCCGUAUGCGUCUCGGGCGGUGUUUGAGCACUUGAAGGCAUCUUCGGUACACGAGACAUUGAUCAAGGUCGCGGGAUAUAUUCUGGGAGAAUUUGGUCAUCUGAUCGCAAACGACGAUGGGUGCAGCCCGAUCGAACAGUUCCAAGCGGUGCAUUCGAAAAUAAAUCUAUGUUCAGCCACUACUCGAGCGCUUUUGUUGACGACUUACAUCAAGUGGGUCAAUCUGUUCCCCGAGAUCAAGCCUCAGCUAGUCAAUAUUUUCGAACGAUAUCGAUACGUCCUAGACGCCGAGCUUCAGCAACGUGCAUGCGAGUACCUGGCUCUCACUCAGCGGAACGACGAGGACGAGCUUCUUCAAGUGGUUUGCGAGGAGAUGCCCCCGUUCCCUGAACGAGAAUCGGCUCUGGUCAGCCGGUUGCACAGUAAGGCCGACUCUACCCAGGACAAGCGCACUUGGGUCAUCGGUGGCAAGGACGAAAACAAGGGUCGAGAGGCCGCUCGAUUCCGGUCGUUCUCGAAUGUACCGUCGACUGAUAGGCCGGAAACGGGUAGCGCAGCCGCUUCUACCCCUGCAGCUGCAGAGGUUCAGAGUCCUAUAGAGAUGGAGCGGGAUCAAGUGGGCGUCUACGAUAUGAUGGGCGCCGACCAAUCGGCCGCCACAGACGACGUGAUGACCUCGUUAGCUGGCUUGGACAUGGGAGGUCCAGCUAUACAGGAGGCGCCGUUGCUUCCCGCUGUUGCACAACCUGCACAGGCACCCGUUACGACGUACGUACCGGAAGCACCAGCUGCUACAACGCACAUCUCGACGGCGGCAGCACUGGCAGCGAUGUCACUUACCAAGGGUCCUGGCAUAGAAAAGUGGCUCGAGAGAUUGAUCUACAACUCCGAGGGUGUACUUUACGAAGAUGAACAGCUGCAGAUCGGAGUCAAGGCCGAAUAUCAUGGAAAUUUGGGCCGCCUGGCGAUCUACAUCGGUAACAAGAUUCCCCAGCCGUUCACCUCCUUUUCGGCGACGAUCGAAACUGCGGAGCCAGAUGCACUAGAGGUCGACUUCUACAAGCCUCCUGCGACCGAGAUUGCGGGAUUGGCGCAGGUUCAAUACCUCUUGCAAAUCGAAUGCAAGUCUGCCUUUUCGACUCUGCCCAUCUUAAAGAUGUCUUUUAUCGCGGGCACAGUACGAAAUCUCGUGCUCAAACUGCCAGUGUUCCUGUCAAAAUUCGUGGAACCCGUAGAGUUGGACAGCGCUGCAUUCUUCAGUCGUUGGAAAGCUAUCGGAGGUCCGCCUCGAGAAUCCCAAAAGAUCUUCCCUAUUCAUCUGGCCGCAGACGGAUCGGUCGACACUGCACGACAUGGCAAGAUUAUUGGGGGUCAGAAGUUUGCCCUUCUGGACAAGGUUGACCCAAAUCCCAGCAACCACGUUGCCGCCGGCGUUCUACAUACUGCGGAUGGCAAGAUCGGAAUUUUGAUCAGAUUCGAGCCAAACCGUGACGCUUCUCUGGCAAGAGCUACUGUCCGUAGCACGAGCAACGUCGUAUCGGCCGAGAUCCUAGAGAUUCUCUGCAAGCCCCUUAACCGUGAUACGAUGGCGAGCGCUGCCUAAGUCCUAAUGAUGUCUGUCACGAAUCGAUCACGCUCCCCCUUUCAGAACGUCUUGUACACCUUUCCA